AUGUUUGAAUUGUUAGUUGAAAAAUUGUUAAAUAAAUUUUUAGCUCCUUAUGUUGAAGGAAUAGAACGUAAUUUGCAUUUGGGAGUUUGGUCAGGUAAUAUAGUUUUGGAAAACUUAAAGUUGAAACCUCAAAUAACAGAAAUAUUAGAUUUAUCUUUUAAAGUAAUAUAUGGAAAUAUAGGAAGAAUAAACAUACAAAUACCUUGGAGUAGCUUAGGGAAAAAUCCUGUUUGUGUUUUAAUUAAGAAUGUACAUAUAUAUAUAAAGCCGCGAUGUUACAAAAAGAGUGAGGAUAUUAUUAUUGAAGAAUUAAGAAAAGCCAAAAUGCACAGAUUAGAAUUAUUAGAAGAAGAAAUUUCUAUUAUCAAACUACAGAAAAAUAAUGAAAAAUCAUCAGAAAAAUCUACUCUUAUAUUUAAGUUACUAAAUAAAAUUAUUAAUAAUAUUCAAAUAGAUAUUCAAGAUAUUUUAAUUCACUUUGAAGAUACAGAAAAAAACUUUUCUAUUGGAUUUAUUUUAAAAUCAUCAUCAGUAAAGAAUUGCCAUAACAAAGAAGAAAAUUCAACGCAAACAAAUAACAAUGUUGAAAAUAAAAAAUUAAAUCAUAUUAUAGAAUUUAAAGGGUUAUGUAUAUAUAGCAAUAGCAAUAUAAAAAAGAAAAAGAAAAAAAAAAGAGAGAAAGAAGAAAAAGAAAAGAAAAAAAUAAAAGAAAAUUGUAAACUUAGUGAUGAAGAAAAAGACCAAAAAAAAAACUAUAUUAAUAAAAUUACGAAGGAAAAUUCGGAAAAUAAAACAUUUACUAAUGUUGAUAAAAUAAGCGAUACAUCUGAUAAAAUGGAAGAUUGUAAUUUUUCUUCAAAUGAAAAAAAUAACUAUUUAACCACUAACAAUAUUAAAGAAGACAUUAACUUCUUUUCUAAAUUAAAAAGUAGUGAAAAUAAUAAGGACGAUUAUUUAUAUGAGACUUUAAAUCGUAUAAAUAGCUUUCUAAAAUGCGAUGAAAAAAUUAUAAAUAACUAUAAUUUUGAAUAUUUAAUUAAACCUUUUGAUUUAGUAUUACCUGUGGAGCAAUCCAGUAAUAAAAAAGAAUUAAAAGCAAAAUUGGAAAUAAGUGAGAAAUGGGAAGGAAUAACAUUGACAAAAACACAAAUUACAAAAAUAAUUGAAAUAAUAAAUGAAGCUAAUAAAUCUAGGAAUCAAACAAAUAAAUUGUUAUUAAAAUAUGCUUGUACUGUUAAAUUAGAUAUAGAAUCAUUAAGAAAUGAAACAAAAAAUGAAUUCAUGAACUUAUACAAUAAAGUUCUUGGUGAAAAAUAUAACAUUUCAAAAAUUGAAUUAACUUCUCAAGAACUAAACAGAUUACAAAUUUUAUACGAUGUGGUAGGUGUUAGACAUUUAGCUAAAUGGAGAUUACAAUGUAAAAAUACCUUGGAGAAAAUAAUUGAAGAAAAAAAUCUAAAAAAAAAAUAUUUAUAUGAUUCUAUAUAUAAGCAACAAUCUUGGUGGUCAUGGGUAACAGGUAAUAAAAAAGAAAUAGAGAAUAAAGUUCAAAGUAUUUUAAAAAGUGAACAAGAUAUUCUAAAUGAAAAAGAACUAAAUAUUUUGCAAGAAGCGGUAACGAAUGAAGAUAAUUAUGAUGUUGUUAUCCCAACUAAAUAUGAUUUUGAAUUUAAAGUUGCAAAUUUUUCAAUUAAUGUAUAUGAUAAUUUUAAAAAAAAAAGUUCAAAAAAGAAAAAGGAUGAAAAGAAUACAAAUGAAGUAGAAAGAGAAGCAAAUGAUGGACUUAUGAAUAAUGUGAAUUUAAACAAUAAUAAUAUUAAUAUUGAUAAUCAUAAUAAUGCUAUUAAAGAUAAUUUUAAUGUAAAUGACACUUUAUCUUUUUCUAGUGAUGAUAUAUUAUUAAGUACCACAUCAAACUGUACUUCCAAUAAUUCCACUUAUACACAAAAAGAAGAGAUACAACAAGAAAUCAAUAUAUUGUCGAUUAAUUUUUAUCAAAUUUAUUCUUCAAUAUCCCUUCAAUCCGUUGUUGAUCAUAAUGAUCAUGAUAAUUUUCAGUGGAAAUUUAUAAUUGAAUUACAAAACUUUAUAGCGAAACAUAAAAAUAAAGUUUUUAUGGAAUUUAGAAAAAAUAACAGUUUAUUUCCUUUUAAUAUUAACAAUACAAACAGUGUAUAUAGAAAUUCUAUAUUUUAUUCUUUAAUAUAUAGUCAAAGUUUGUGUGCUUAUUUGGAAAUAAAUCAUUUAGUUACAGAAAAUGGGAACACUUUAUCUGCUUUAUUAAGGUUGAACCCAUUAGAACUUUAUUUAUCUCCAUUACUUAUUAAAAAUCUUUUAUCCUUUACAUUUCCUCUAAUUGAUAUAGUUAAUAGAAAACCUAAAUACAUAAUUAAAAGAGGUAAAAAUAAAAACAUAAAUUUAUAUCAUUGUGAACAAAAAGAAUAUAAGUGUUUGUCACCUUGUAAUGAAUCAAAUCUUAAGAAUAUGCAAAGUAGAGAAGGAACAAAUGAGAUUAUAGGUAAUGAUGAAAUAACUCAAAUAAAGGUAGAAAAAGAAAAUGAUACAAAAAAUAAAAUAGAAAAGGUAACAAAAAAAAAAGAAAAAGAAGAAGAAUAUGAAGAAGAAUAUGAAGAGGAAGAAGAAGUUCAUGAAGAAGCAUUGCUACAAAUAAAAAAAAUGGAACAAUCAGAGUUAAUUGAAGGAUUAAAAGAAAAAGGAGAAAACGUAUAUAAUAAGGCAGUUCAACACUUACCUGAGUUAUUUGAAUUUUACAUACAUAUAUGUGGACCAAUUUUACAUUUUGAUAAUUUAACUAAUGGUAUUGUUGAAUUACAUUUAGGUAAUUUAGUUGCUAAAACAGAAUAUCCUUGUACUUAUAAUAAAUUUAAUUUAAUAUUUGAAUUUAAUGAAACACAAAUUACAUGCCUAAAAACAAAAUCUAUAUAUUUAAAUAAAUUACACAAUUCUAAGAAAAAUAUGAACUUAAAUGUUAAUAAGAAAUUAGUUAAUGAUAAAAACAUUCAAAAUGUAGGUAAUGCAUAUUUAGAAAUAAAUGAAAAGAAAGUAGCGUCAAAUAAUGAUAAUAAAAAUAACGUUAAUAAAGGAAGUUAUUCUAAUAAUAUAAAAGAAAAAAUAUUAAAUAGUGAGAAAUUUUACAUAUUACAACCUAUUCCAGUUAAGGUUUAUGUAGAAUAUGAUUUAAAAAUUUUAAAGACUAAUAUUAUACUAGAUGGCAUAUUCUUUCAAAUAAACCCUGAUGCCAUAAGUAUUAUACUAGCUAUACCAACAUCUAUUACUAGAUAUUUAACAAAAUUUUAUUCAAAGAACAAAAGAGAAAAAGAAUUUUUAAAAAAUAAAAAAAAAAAUUUGGUAGAAAAAAAGGAAGUGAAUACAAAAGAAGAAUCAUUUUCUUUGAAUGUACAAAAUGGAUUAGAAAAAAAAAAAAAUAACAACAUCAGUGAUUCGAUAGAAGAAAAUAAAGAAAGUGUAAAUAUUAAAGGAGGAAAUGAAAAUAAUAAAAAAGAAGAGGAAUCCUUUUUAUAUGACAUUGACUUUCUUAUUAAAAAUUCUGGAUUUUCCAUUAAAAAUAGAAAGAAUUGUGAAAUACUAAAAUAUGAAGCUUGUGGUAUAUCAUAUAAAAAUUAUUUACAAAAAAAAAAAAAAAUUGUUAAAAUUGAAAUUGAACAAUUAUGGAUUUGUGACCCUAGUAAUAAGCAACCAAUAUUUUUUACAUUAACAAAGGAUAUAUAUUCAAAGGAUAUUUUUCUUUUUAGAUCAUUGUCUACAUACUUAGAAGAAAAGAAUAAUAGCAAUACGCAACAGAAUCAAAAAGAAAUAGAAAAUGGCUAUUUACAGAAUGUAAAUAAUAAUUCAAAUUUUACUCAAGCAAAUGAAGUAGUUAAAAAAGAAAAAUUAAUUAGAAGAAACGUAAAAGAUAUAGAAAAAGAAAAUGUAGGGAAAAAUAAUUACAUUAGCGAUAUUACUGAAGAUAAAUGGAAUGAUGAAAAAAAAAAAAAUAGCGAACAAUAUGAUAAAUUGAUAAAUACUUAUGAAGGACAACCAUUAAAUAAUGAACUUUUAUAUAAAGAGAAAUACAUUAAGUGCAACAAUGAAAAUGAAUUUUCAAAAAAAGAAGAAAACUGUUAUAGUUAUGAUUAUGGUGACGAUAAUAAAGAUAUGGAAUAUAAAAGUAGUUCAAAUAAUUUGAGUCAUAAUGAGGGGGAAGAGAAAGAGAAAGAGAAAGAAAAAGAAGAAGAAGAAGAAGAGGAUGAUGAUUUUAUGGAUGCGUUAGAAGAAAAGCAGUUAUCAAUAAAUUUACAAAUUUUACAGGAACAAAAUGAAAAAAAUAAAGAAGAAACUCAUAUUAAUUUUAUUAUAAGUGAUAUUGAAUUACAUUGGAAAUAUAAAACCAUAAAACAGAUAUUUAAAACAAUGAAAGAAUAUAAAGAAAAAUUACAAUAUGGAAUUGAAAAAGAUAUGAAAUAUAUAAAAAAUAAAUUAAAUAAUGAAAAGGAAUUAAAAAAUUAUAAAAUGUUUAUAUCUGAAAAUGCUUUAAGAAGUGUUCAAGAAACAUUAAAAAAUGUAAAGGAUUCUUUGAAUAUUUUAGAUAUAGAAUCAUCCAAGUUAAAUAAUGAUAUGAGCACUUCUGGAAAUGAUAUAAUAAAAAAUGCAAAUGAACAGUUGAAGAAUACAAAGAUGGUAAAAUCCAUUUCUUCUGAUAAAUCCACAAUAAAUUUAAGUGAUGUGAAAGAAAAUGAUACUAGUAUAAAAAAUAUGGAAAAAAAAGAUACUAUUCUUAAUAAUGGUUUAAAUGAUAUUUUGCCUAAAUUAUAUGGUCAAAAACAUUCAUAUUCAAAAUAUUUUUUUAACUGUUACAUUAAAAGCGCAUCAUUGGCUUUUUGGCAGAAAAACAAAAUUUUUUCGAAAAUACAAGUAAGUAAUAUUUUCUAUGAAAAUAAGAUUUAUUUGAAUUUUGAUCAGAAAAUGUUUCUAAAUAUUGAGAAAGGUAUUAUAUCUAUGAAUAAUAAAAAUAUAAUUUCUAAUAAUAUUAAUGAUUAUAACUAUGACUUAUUUGUUUCAAAUAAAAGUAAAAAAUUUAGCUCAACAGAUAUUGAAAAACAUUAUAAAGAAGAAAAUGGAGAAAAUACGAAAGGAAUUCCUGAAAGAAAAAAUAGUAAAGAUAUAUUAAAUUAUAUAAAUGUAGAUAACUUAGAGGAAGAAAUAAAAAGAAAAAAAAAAAAAAAAAACAAGCAAAAGAAACAAGAUUUAUUUGUUGGAAAAAUAAAGAUAUAUAAUGAUAAAAGAAGUUAUAAUAUAUGUUUGUUAUGUGAAAUUUCAAAAAUAUAUUAUAUUUUUUAUUUGAAUGAUUUAAAAUUGUUUUUAGAAUAUUUAGAUGAUGGUAUAUUGAAUGUUUUUAUUAGCAAAUCAUACAAAAAAGUGGUUCAAGUUGCUCAAACAAAAUACUUUUUAUUCAAUUGUACUUUCAUUGAUCCAAUAGUUAUAAUACCUGAAGAUAAAAAUAUAAUAUAUAAUUAUAAAGGAGAAAUAAAAAAUAUUUCAAAAUAUAUUAAAGACAAUAGUUAUUGUUAUAAUAAAGACAAGGACAAUAAUAAUAUACCAUAUAUUGAAUCAUAUUUAAAAUUUCAUUUAAAUACUCUAAAAUUGAAAAAUUCAUACACAAUUAAUUGCUCAGAGCAAAUUAUAUCGAGGCAAAGGAAAGAAAUUGAAGAAGAAAAGGAAAAAAAAAUAAGAAAAAAAAAUAAGAAAAAAAAAAGGAACAAAGAAGACAUACUAAAUGAAACAAAUAGAAUAGAAAAUAAGGAUAAUGAAGAAAUACAAAAAGAAAAAAAUAAUAAUAAUAUAUUAAAAUUUACUGAUACAUACAAUUUUACAUUAUAUGUAGAUUUAUUAGGUAUAGAAAGUAAAGCUUGUGAAAAUGGAGGAAGCACAAAUAUCAAAGGAGAUAUAUUACACAAAGUUAACAUAAGACUAUGUUUAAUAAAUAGCAAAGAUGGAAUGCAUAUAUAUUUGAAUGGAAAUGAUCUAUAUUUAGAUUUAACUGUUUUUCAAUUAGCCUUUUUAUUAGAUAUAAUUAAUGAAAACUUUUGUUAUAAAGGAUAUUUUCCUAUGUGUUUUGUUUGUGAUGAUAAUGUGGAUAUAGAAAAAAUGAUAAAUGCAGAAUGGUUUAAAAAGGGAAAUAUGAAUUUUAGUAAUUUGAAUCUUGAAAAAAAUACAAAUAAUAAUAUAAAUACUAUUGAUAACAUUAAUAGCUUAGAUAAUCAAGUCAACUCUAUAAAAAAUGAAGAAACAAAUGAUACUAUUUCAAAUAAUAAAGAUUUAUCUGUUAAUUCGAAAAAUGAACAAAUAAAAAAAAAUGAAAUGAAAUUAUUCGUUUAUAUAAAUUUGGAAAGUCUAAAAAUCAAAACAUCCUUUGAUACUUGUACACCUGUAGCUAUUAUUACAUUUCAAAAUAUAAGUAUAUCUUUUCAUUUAGUACUUUUAGAUUUUUACGUCAUUUAUUUUUUUGAUUUAUAUAGUAACUCUUUAUAUAUUGAUGAUGUUAGAAAAAAUUCUAUAAACUAUUACAAACGAGUUGCGUAUUGUUGUAUUGAAAACGAAAAUAAAAAAAGAAAUAAGAAAAAAAGAAAAACAGCUGAAAUUAUUAAAGAAAGCAUCGUAAAAGAAAAAUAUGAUACCAUGACUUCUAAAGUAAAAGAUGAUAUAGUUAAUGUAAAUAAUGACUCUAUGUUUCCAAAUAAAGAAUUGAAAGGAAACAUAUGCAAUGAUAACGACAACAUUACCAGCAACGAAUGCGAUAUUAAUAAUAAUGGUAGCAAUAUGCAUUUUUGUUCUGAUACAGAAAUAAAAAAUUAUAAAGACUUAUUAUUAUAUAUGUUUGAAAAUAAUGUUUUUUUAAAUGAAAAAAAAAAAAAUAAAAAACAAAAAGGGAUAAAAAUAAAGAUUAAUUCAUUUAUAGAAGAUUUAUUAUUAAAUAUUGAGUUGGAUGACGCAUACAUUUGCUGCUUUUUUAUUGUUUUUUUAGAUAUAUACAAAUUUUUAUCCACUGGCUUUAAUUUAAGCACAUUGCAUUUAUACCCCAAGCCAUCACCUUAUAUUGUAUCUAAUAAAAAUGACAAGAGAAAGAAAAUUAAUAAAGAAAAUGAUAAUUUAAAUAAUGAAAUGGAAAGCGAAGAUAAAAUAAAAAUAAAUUUAAGAAACGAAAAAAAGAAAAUGGGGAAUAGCGUAAAUGACUGCAAUUAUAACCUUAAUAAUAAUAAUGAGGAUGUUACUUUUAAUACAAAAAAAAAAGAUUUAAGUGAAAAAAAUGAAUUUAUUCAUGAUAAUGAAGAUGAGAAUGAAUUAAAAAAUGAUGAUGAAACAGAAAAAAAUACAAUAAAGAGAAAAAUUAUCAGAAAAAGUACUAUUUUGGAACACUCUAAAUUUAUAAAAGAAAGAAUAAGAAACGAAAAAAAUCAAAUAAUAACAAAUAUAAAUGAAUUGUUGAAAUUAGAUAAUAAACCAAUUCAUGUAAGUUUUAAAGUAAAUAAUGGAAAUUUUAUUAUAUUUACUGAUUUAGAAAAGGUAUCUCAACCUGUAAUCAUGUGGUCUAAUAAUUUUGUUUUUUCUGUUUCUCUUUUAAAUAAGUGCAUAAUUUUUAAAAAAAUAUAUGCUUUAGAUAGCAAAAUAAAUAGAAUUAAUUAUGUAAACAGUGUAGUAAAUAACAUAAAACAUAUACCUCGUAAGGAUGUUUCUAACCCUCUACAUAAUUAUCAUAAAAAGAAAAUAUUGUUAUGCGAUAAUCUAAAUGUAAGAGGGGAAGCUUUAUAUGAAUCAGUAGAUACAACGAAAGAAAAUUAUAUUUUAAAAACAAAUGCUAUGAAAAAAGAUUCAUCUCCAUUUAUAUCGGUUUUUGAACUAGAUAUAAAUAUAGGUAAUUUUGAUAUACGAUUAUCCAAUAAUGAUGUAGAAAUUUUAUUAAAAGCUUCAUCUACUUUAUUUGGUGAUAUACCUAGUUCUUAUAUCAAUAUAAACGUAGGUGCAAUUAUCCCCCCUGUAUCAUUUAUACACAAGAAAAUAAAAAAUAAAUUUAUGAGAAAUAAUAUAUACUAUAUAAGUAGAAAUACAAAAGAAGUUGAUUUAAGUAAUACAAAUGAGUUAUUUAUAAUAAAUAUCAAUAAAUUUAGAACAAAAAAAAAAAGAAAAAGAAAAGAUAAUUUAAAAUAUGUUGAAGAAGAUAUGAAAGUAAAUAAAAAUGAAGGAAAAGAAAAUGCAAAAACUGGUAAUAGAAAAAAAGAAAAUAUUGUCAAGAAAUAUAUAAAUAAUGAGGAAAAGGAAUAUCUAGAAAUUUUAUCAGAAUCUAGUAAUGCGGUUGAAUCUGUUUCAUACGCAUUAUCUGAGUAUUAUUCAAGCUCUAACACAGUAAACUCUUCUGUAUCUUCUUCUACCGAAUCUUAUAAGUCUAAAACAAUAAAAUCAAGUGAUAAUACAAAAGAAAAUGAAUUAUCAGUUACAAAUAAUGAUGAAUCAAAUAAUUAUAGAGAUAUCAAAAUAAGUAUUAAACUACACAAUGUUAAAUGUACUUUUAUUGAUGAUAUUAGAAAUUCUAUUGUUCCUAUUAUAAGAAUGAUAUUUAGUAUGAAUAUAAGUAUAAUUUUUUAUACUGAUGAAUGUUCUUAUAACAUUAACGAUUUAAAUUCUAAGGUAGAAUAUUUUAACAAUUGUAUAGGUGAAUGGGAACCAUUUCUUGAAAAAUGCAGCAUUUCUUUAGAUGUUCAUAAAAUUUUGCCUAAUGACUUAUAUAAUGAAAAUAUGGAAUCUAAUAAAUCACCGAUAAGUAUAAUAAAAAUUAAUAGUGUUAAAGCUUUGUGGUUUAAUAUAACACCUCAGUUAAUUAAUUUGCUCAUAUUAUUCAUUCCUGUAUUUUCAGAAAAAGUUCUAAAAGGAUUAAAAAAAGAAAAAAAGGAAAUAGAUGAAAAUGGUUCAACUAAUAAUAAUUUUGAUAAUUUUGCAAAUAUGGAAAAAUCCAAAUCCGUUAAUGAGCUUUAUAUUCAUCAGAACAUUUCUAAAUUAGAAAAAAGCGCUUUAGAAACACAAAAAAAAAGUUUAUAUGAAGAGAGUUCAUCUGUUUUUAAUUCACAUCAAUGUGAUAAGAAUGAAAAUGAAUCAGCUGACUUUAAUUUGGACGAUUUUAUAAACAAAGAUGAAAAUUAUUGCAAUAACGAUUAUAUGAAAGAUAAUUCAGUAAUAUAUUAUGUUAAUUUAACUAGUGACUAUUUUUAUGCAUUUGUAAUGCCUGAAAGCAAUAUAGAGGAAAUAAAAAAAAAGAAAAAUUCUAAUUUAAAAAAUGAGUACAAAAGUAUAUAUGAAAGUAAAAAUUCUUCACAAAUAAUAAAUGAAAAAAGAACUAAAGAAAAUGUUUUAAAAAUUUCAGAUGAUACAAAUAUAAAUGAAGAAGAAAUGUAUAAUGAUACUAUUAAAAAUUUUCCUGAGAUAUAUGCAAAAAUUAUUACAACGAAUGAAUUGAUAUCUUUAGAUAAAUUACUUAUUAAUGAAAUAGCGAACAAUUCACUAAUAGAAAAGAAAUGCUUAUAUUUAUAUUUGGUUCCUAUCCCUCCAACAAAUAUUGUAAAUACCAUAUACGAUAUGUUUACAAAUAUAAGUAAAAGAGAUAUCGUUUUAGACUUAAUGAUAACAAAAAAUUCAAAAAUGACUAUUGAAAAUUUGUUAUCCUUUAAUAAAUAUAGAGAUGAAAUGAAAAAUAAAAAAAUUGAAAAAGAAAAUUCUGUUAUUUCAGGAGUGCAAUCUACUAAUUAUAUUUAUAACAAAAAUAAAUAUGAUGAUACAUAUAAUUCAAGAAACGUAGGUGAAGAAACUUCUAUAAUGAAUGAAACAAUUGAUACAGAAAAUGAAAAAAAAGAUAAAUAUGAUAAAACAAAAGAGAACUUAAUAGCAAAAGAAAAAGCAGAAGAUGGAGAAUUAGAAGAUUCAGAAAAUGGAGAUAUAGAAUAUUCAGAAGAAAUUGAAAAAGACAACAUGGAGGAAGAUGAUGAAAGCGACUCAGACGAAUAUUACGAUGAUGAUGAUAUUGAAUAUUCUGAUUCUACUACAGAUAAAAAAAGUAGAGACAACAAUUAUUAUUUUAAGUAUAAUAAAAAAAAAAUGGAUUUAGAGAACUCUAUUUUUUCAUCUAAUAAAUUUAUAGGUCCAUUUUUGAAAAAUACACAGUGUGUAAUCAUAAAUUUGAUCAAGAAUAGCUGUACUUCGUUAACAACAUCAUUAAACAAUAGUAAUGUUAUCCAUAUAUCGAAACCUUGCGAUUUUAUUUUCGAGGAAAAAUCAUUGAAAAGUAAUUUUCUGAACAAAAAAAAUAAUAGCUCAAAAAUUUUAAAGGAAAAAAGUAAUAUAUAUUUGAAUAAUAAAGAAAUAAUGUUAAAUAAAAAAAAAAUAGAUGAAACAAAUGAAUCAGACAAGCACAAUGAAGAAUUGAUUAAACAAACAUAUUUAGAAUGUAAAUAUAGAUUAAGGAAUAAUUAUUUGCCUCAAACAUCACUAGUAGAAACUGUAUGUGAAAUAAUAUCUCCACUACCUAAUUAUAAAAUAUUGUUUAUGUCAUCAACUGUCAGGAUUAUUAAUAAGUGUGGUAUUCCUUUAGAAUUUUGUUUUUUCGAUGGGACUAGGAAUCCUAUUUUAUUAACAUCAUUAGAAAAUAGAACAAUACCUAUAAAUACCUUAUAUCCUAAUCAUAAUGAUUCUUUUAAAAAUUAUAAAGUAUCUAAUAGCUUAAACAUAAGUCCCAAUAUAAAAUUAAAACAAAAAAAUAAUAAUUUAAGUUUCACUGUAAUUUUAAAUAAUGAAUAUUUAUUAUCAGCGCCUGAAUGUGCAUUUUGUGGUCCUUCUCAUGUUUAUUUAUCCUUUAAACCGAUAAAUGUAAUAAAUGAAGAAAAUGAUUACUAUGACAUAGUUAGUAGAAACAUGAAUGAUGACAAAAAUCAAAAGAACUCUAAUAAUUUAAUAAAGACAGAAAAAAAAGUAGAAGAAUUAGUUGAGCCAUCUUUUAUUACUAGUGAAAAUGGGUGGUCUGAUAUUUUUAGUUCUGAUAUAACUCAAGGAACUUAUGUAAAGAAAUGCAAAUAUAAAGAUAGUACUUACUUAUAUUUUCUAGUGAAAAUUGAAAAUAAAAUAAGUGCUUUGCCAGCUGAAAAAAACUUAAAAAUUAUUACAAUUUAUCCUCAUGUAAGUAUUGUUAAUACUAUUCCUGCAUUAGUAGAUAUUAUUAUUACUUCUGAAGUGACAGAGGAACAGCAAAAUGAUUAUAUAUAUGAAGAAAAAAAUAAGAUAGAUAUGUUAAAAAAUAAAAAAACGAAACUAUUAAGGCAACAUGAAGAAAUAAGUUCAUUUUUAAAGAAUAUUAAAAGUUCUAUGAAGCAGAAUAAUUCAUCAAAUAACAACUCAUUAGGAAAAGGGCCAUAUAGUAGUGAACGCAUGUAUGUGCAAGAAUUAAGUAGAAUUGAGAGAGAUAUUUUGAACAUUGAUGAAGAAAUAAAAUCUAAAAAAAAAGAAUUAUCAUCUCCAUUAAAUAAAGGAUAUGUAAACAAAAGGCUUAAUCCAUUUUCAAUAUUUUACAUAUAUGAAAUAAAAAAAUAUAGUUCCUUAAAUUUAAAGAUGAAAAUUGGUAAUUCGCAAUGUGAAUGGUCUGAAAAAAUUUAUUUAGUUGAAGAUGAUGAAGAAUCUGUCACUAGAUUUUCUUUAAAUUUUAAGAAAUUUGCAUCAGUAGAAGUUGAAAUAAUUAAAAAUUUUAAUGGUUAUUUUAAUUCUUUAAGUAGUAUACUAGGAAAUAAGCAAUUGUACAUUUUUUCUUUGCCAAGAUGUUUCAUUGAUAGAACAGGUUUAGGUAUCAAAGCUAUUAAUUCAAAUAAGUAUUAUCCUAUAAUUAAUGGAAUAACGUUAUUAGGAGAUAAUUCACAAAUAGAUUUAUUAUUACCGCACAGAAGUUAUAAUAACGAAUUAAAAGGAACAAGUAAAAUUUCCAAAAGAAAUUGUGAAGAUAGUUUAAAUGAUUACAAUGAUAUAUUUAAUGAUUAUAAUUAUCCAUCUUCUUAUGAUAAUUCCUUAAUAUUAUUUAAAGCAACCUUACCUCCAAUAGGUAGUUAUACAGAAACCAAUGUAAUGUGCAAAAAUUUUUUUUAUACUUUUUGUUUAAAUACAGAAAAAAUAAAAACAACAUGCAUACCUUAUAUAAUUAGUAGAAUAAUUACUAUUGUUCCUCAAUUUAUAAUCAGCAAUAGAUUAAAUUAUCCAUUAUUGAUUAAACAAUAUCAAACAGAAAAAAUACAAGGUGUUAAACAAAAUGAUACAUCUCCUUUGUAUUUUUCAAGAAAACAGAAUAUUUUAUUAUUUGAAUUUAAAACUUUAGAACCAAUAAAUGCAAAAGAUAAAAAUAAUUUUUUAUGUGCUAAUAAAAUUUUGACAAAUUAUAACAAAUACUAUAAAUUAAAUAAAAGUAUAUAUUGGUCAUCUGUUAUAUUUCCUAGUGAAAAAUUUGUAGGUACCAAUUAUAUGGUGAUGAAAAAUGGAGAAAAUGAGAAAUCUGAUGUUUAUGUUAUAACGUGUAUUCCUGAUAAAGGAACAAAAAAUAUAAUUAUUGAAAAACUAGAGAAUCAGAAGAAAGGAUUUCUUGCAUAUAAUUAUUCAAAUUUAGCUAAAUAUUUGAAAAUAAAAACUUUUCAUGAUGAUACACAAAAUUUGAAAAUAGAUGAAGAAGAAAACUGUUUAGAAAAAAAUAUAUUUUUAAGUAAUUUUUUAAAAGCAGCGGAUAUGGAACAUUAUUUUAAUAUAGAAUAUAACAAAUAUAGCUAUUUAGGAUGGGUGAAUCCUUUUAUAUUUAUUACAAGAAAUGUUCAAAUUGAAAUAGUUUUACAUGGUAUGAGAGUAAUUCCUAAAUCACCAUUUGUUUUGAAAUUUGCCAUAUUUAAUUAUUCUCAAAAAACAUAUUAUAUUAAUUAUUAUAAUAUAACAUUUAUUAUUUCUAUUGAAUAUUUAGAUGAUCUGAUAACUAUUAAGUUAACUCAUAAAAUUAAUUUAACAAAAAAUGUAUUUGAUAAUUCUUUUAUGUAUAUGGAUAUGAAAAAUUCAUACAAAAAUAUUUAUAAUAAUAAAAGUAGUGGUAAUUCAUUAAAUCAAUAUGAAUAUACUGAAAUAGAAAAUAUGGAGAAAUACGAGUUUAAAAACAUUUCUGGUGAAGAAAUGAAAAUUAUUCCUACUUCAUCCUCAAGUGGAAAAGUACAUAACAAAACUAGUUACAUACAGAAAAAUAUUAUAGAACAUAAUGAAUAUAAUUAUAUAAAAAAUACAAAUAAGAAUCAUAAUACAAAUCCUUAUAUAAACAAAUGUGAAUCAGUUAAAAUGGUUAGUAACACAUAUAAAAAUGUGCAUAUAAUAAUAAAUGUAACUCAAAUUGGAGUAAGUAUCAUAUCUAAUAUAUUAAAAGAGGAAGUAUUUUUUAUUGAAUUAUCUAAAUUAUGUGCGUUAUUUUAUAUGAAGAACGAAGAAGAAGUAAUUGAUAUAAAAAUAACAGAUGUUCAAGUAGAUUGCCAGUUAGAGUCUUGUGAAAAAUGUGUAUUAUUAGCAAACAGAGGAAUCAAUACUAAUUCUAAUAAAGUAAAUAAUGAAAAUGAUUUAAGAAGAAUUAAUAGUCCUUAUGAAAACACUCAGGAAGAGAAAAAAAAUUACUUAAGCCCAUCAUAUGAUAAUGUAAUAACUCAAAAUAAUGCAAUUAAUAAAAAUAUAAAUGCAAAUGAAGAAAAGAUAUUUUUAAAUAUAUAUGUAGAAAGAUCUUUUAUAUCUCAUAAUGAUGUUAUAUUUAAAAAAAUACAAGUAGCUUUAGAUGAUGUAGAAAUUGAGAUGGAUGCAGAAACUCUAAAUGGAAUAAACUUAUUGAUAGCAGAAUAUAUUGAGGGUAUAAAUGUUGUUCAGAAAAAAAAUUUACUUUACGAAGAAAUACAAAAGUGGGCAGUUUUACCAGUAUAUGUAAAUUACAAAUCUCCUGAAAUUCCAUUAGCCAUAAAUAUACAAUAUAUGCAAAUAGAGAAAUUCACAUUAAUAGUUUGGUGCUCCUUUUUACUAGAUAAAAUGCAUAUGAUGAGUGAUUUACUUAGAAUAGGUUUAAGAAUUUUGAUGGUAUCAGGGAAAUUAGAAUUAUUGGGUGCUCCUGUUACAUUAAAUCAGGAAAUUUUUAAUAAUAUUCGUGUCAGUAUCAAAUCUUUUUAUGCAUUGUUAAAAGAUAAAUAUAGCCAUUCUAUAUUAGCCUGUUUAGGAUUUAUAGUGGGAUAUAGCAGUUUAAUAAAUAUACCUAAAAUACCUCUAGAGAUAGGAAGAAAUACUAUAGGGUUAGCUGUGUAUGCAGUAGAUAAUGUUAGUGUUGGAAUAGGAAGUUUUUUAUCUAAUUUAACGUUUGACUCUGAAUACAUUAAUAGAAGACAGAAAGAAAGAAAUUUUAAAAGUAAUACAAAUAUGAAAGAAGGUUUGCUAAAUGCAGUGAAAAAUAUAGGAGAAGGAGUGUUAAGCUUAUCUAAUAUAGUAACAAAACCAAUAGAAGGCGCCCAGAAAGAAGGAUUUGGGGGGUUUUUUAAAGGAAUAGGUAAAGGUGUUGCUGGAUCUUUGGUAAAACCAUUAGACAAAGUAGGCCAAGCAGUUUCCGAUGUUACAAGAGGGAUAAAGGCAGAAGUAUCAAAACCAAUUGGGGGACAUAAAUAUAAAACGAAAAGGCAUAGAAAGCCAAGAAUGCUAUGGGGAGAAUAUGGGAAAUUAAAAGAAUAUAAUUUAAAUGAAGCAGAAUUAAGAGAAUGCUUAGGUUUGAAAUUUUCCAAAAACAUUAUGAAAUGCUUAACUGUGCAUAAGCAAGAAAAUCAUCCUCCAUUGCAUUAUGCUUUGUUGUUAUAUCCUAAGGUAAUUAUUUAUGCUAAUUUAUAUGCUAAUCAUAAGAAUAAUGAGCAUUCUAGUGAUAAAAAAAGUGACAUUGUUAUUUGGUCAGUUAAAAUUGAAGAUAUUACUGAAAUAAGAGCUUCUAGUCAUGGUAUUAUAGUAAAAAUUAAUAAUAAUUCGAAUUUUGUUUAUAAGAUUCCUUGUAAUAAUGCAUUGUUGAUUAACAAAAUAUAUCGAGAACUUUACAAUUCAAAAAAUUCUAUUAAUUCUACUAUUAUACUGGGAGAUAAUAAUUAUUCUUUGUAUAAAUAUUUAUAA